GUUGUGAUAAACUUAUUAAAUAGAUACUAGUAAUGAAUCAGAAUACUUAUUAUCAUCAGAAGUUGGCUGAACAACUUAUUCUUCUGACUACUCAUGGAAAGGGUUUGCUUGCAAGAGUUUAUCAUCUGCGCAAGAUGCUCGGGAGCUCAAGGGCGCGCUAUGAAAAGUUGAAAGCCCAACCUUCAGGAGAAAAUCCCGGUGCCACUCAGUUAUCUUUUCUGUUCGAUUCACAAUUUGAUUCGGCCAUAAAGAACUUAGUGAAAAAAUUCCCAUUCCCACAGUCAAUCGACAGCAAAUCAAAAGAUUUUCAAAUUCUCCGAGAAAGAGACCACAGCAGGAAAAUCAUGGGUGAACUUCAGCCUUUUCAACAAACUUUUACUGAUGUUCACACGUUCAUGACGGAUGCAAAUGCAGCAUUGGAACUUGUAAGGACUUGGCUUGUCGUCAAUUUUUCAUUAUUCGACGUGGCCUUCUAUUUCUUGGAUCUUUUGUCCACGCUUUUCUCCCUGUUGAUGUUGCUGAACAAAAUAGAAGAACGCAAGGCAAUUAUGGCUCUGUAUGGAUACCUCUUUCGGUGUGAGGGAGCAGCGAGUUGCGAUGUUAGAGUGGAGACCUUCAUCGCUGAGUUGGAACCAAUUGCCAAGCUGCAAUCGGCUCUUGCAUCUCUUCAGACUGUAUUGCAUUAUGGACUUAUGAGUCCUUUGUGCACGCUUUACAGCAGAAAGAUGCGUGACCCAAAGAAGUAUAUGGACGAGUUCAACCUGGUCAUGAGACCCAAUCAGAUAGCUGAACAGUUUGUAGAGUUUGGGUUGGAGGACACGCAGUUCUAUUCGCCGGAGGCGUCGUACCUAUCGAUGGAGACUGUAGAGAAGUGGAUCAUUAUCAUGGUCCUCGUUUGUCCCCGACUACUGGAGGACGACACAGUCAAGGAACAGUGGCGAGUACUCAUGAGUAAUAGGUACGCGUUUCCGCUGUUCCGAGAUGUCAUUGAGAAACUGCAUGAACUAAUGCAAGAAGCAUUCGUGAAAGACGCAUUUACAUCCAAGAAAGUUGCCGACGAGAUCAAAAAAGACAUCAAAAACUCAUUACAAGUUGCUGUGGAAAAAGCGCCUUCUGAACAUAAAAGAGCGCGAAUGUUUCUACGCAAAUCCCUGAAGAGCAACUAUUUGAUUCUGAGUGAUGUACCAGGCUUACUAGGGCUGAAGACGCAACUGGCUCUGGUGAUUAUGGGAGCCGCCAGAGACGAAAUUCACUGGCUAGUGGCACACUGCACUACCGAACCCCCUGGAAGAGGCGGCAAGACUGGGCCCCACCCGGACCUGAAGGAGCCUCACUUGGCUGAGAUGCUGUACUACGUGGAACAACUGAGAAUGCUAUUUAAGAAGUACCAGCAGGUCAUUUUCGUGUACCAUGGUAGCAUGAUCAAACGAAGGAGCGAAGACUUGGCAAUGGCAAUGCAGCAAGCACCUCCUUUGCCAGAGCACGAGACUACUAUUUUCUCGGACAUAAUCAACCGAAUCAAGUCACUUCCACCUCCCACCGACCAGACAGCAGCUACAACUGAGUGGGAGGACUUCCAAGGCAUCAGACUAGACUGGAUCCGUCUCCAGACAUACUUGGGAGACAUUCCUCAGGAGCGGCGGAGUGGAUUCCUUGGUCUCAGGCCACCAGCCGGGGGAGGGGGUGGAGGAGCGAUGGAAAUGAUGGCCCCGAGUGCCUAUGGACGCAUGCAGGAGGUGGCCAUGAGAGUGACGAAGGCCAUGUUUGCCAUCACGUUCUCGUCUAAGAUGAUAGACUAUCUAGACAAUAUUCUCAAUCAAGUGUCAGACAUGUCCAUAUUCUUCUCUCACUUGGACAUGUUCAAUACCCACAUCAACGCCCUCCUAUGGACCCCUGCACCCCCAGAACCCAGUGAGUCAUCGGGUGGGGGUGGGGGAGGGGGCAAGAGUAGUGCGGCUGCUGCCGCUGCUUUGGCCAAUCAGAUUAACCAGAUUAGCACUAAACAUCUGACUAGUCGCGUGAUUGUGUUCCCGAUGCUCUGUGCCCACUUCACUAACAUGAUAGCCCAUGUGGAGGAAUACGUGCCAAUUGAGCGUGAUCACGUGAGUGAGCUGUCGCUGACAACAUGCAACACUCUGCUUGAGGAGAUCUGCAAGAAGGCCUGCCAGUGCAUCCGGGACGUCUGCAAACAGCAUCAAGCACUGAGCGAACAACUCAUGCCCAAAUAUGCACCCCACUAUGGCGGGAAUGCUGUGACACCCAGUACGAAUACAGUGAGUGCAGGUGGGACUAUAAGGAGGAAGAACACUGUGACUGCGCCCCCAGUGGCCAAUCAGGAGAGACAGCUGCCGGGCAGCGAGAGUGCGCGGGAAAGGAGGGACAAACAAGUCACCGAGUUGGACAGACUGACGAUUGAGAUGGUGGAAGUGGUGACUGCUGUCAAUGAGUGCGAUCAGAUCAUUGUCAACAGAUUUAGCUUCGCCCCGAGAGAGUACUUGUUAAGUAGACUAGAGGCUACAUUCAUGGAUCAAAUCAGGGAAUUGCUGGCCCCUCAAAGCCAUCCUAACGCCCAAUCGGAGAUGAGAAUGAAGCCGAGUGACAUGUUGUCCCGUCUCAAAGCUACAAUGGCUGUAAUGCAGAGCUUGGAGAGCUACGUGCUUCAUAUCUCUGGCAGUUCCCACGGCACCUCUGGCUAAAAACCAGCUACCGGAGAUUCCUUUUCCAGUGGAGGAGUUCUCGGAUAUCACUGAGCUGCGCUGUCUGGCUGAGAUGAUUGGACCCUAUGGAGUGCGAUAUAUCAACGAGGUCAUCUCGCAGAAGAUAUUAGCUCAGUAUCAGGAACUAAAGAAAUUGGCAAAUGAGAGGGCCCCGAAGUUGAACCAAAUUUACCAGCUGAUAGAGUCCAAGCCAGGAGACGCAGUCAAAUUAGGUGACACCCUGAUUAACAAAGAGGAUAGGAAGACAGUAAAUCAGCUGUUGACGAUGAUGGGCGCCUUCUUGGCUCUGAGGGAUCUACUCUCCACUGCCCUGAAUGAUGUGCUGAAGAGGAGAGUCCCAUUUCUCAUGUCAUGUAUAUCCGGACUGGAAAAGCCAGACCAGAGACCGGAUGCAAAUGACUUGGCCGCCACAGCUGGCUUCAAAGUGAAGUACUAUGACCCCAUACUGCAACAGCUGCUCAAAAUAAAAAACUUCGAGCAACUGCGAACUGGCACUAAGCACGAGAAUGACCAAUUAGUGAACUGUUUCAUCACUCUCUUCGGAUUAUCGCUGCCUGACAUUGUGGAGCUGCACAACCUACCCUUCAACCGCUACUAUGAAACGAGUGGUAGCAACGCCUUGUGUAUUGGCAAGGCAGUCAACUCUAUCAUCACAAUGACCCUGUUGAUGUUGCCUCAGCCGGAAGAAGAGUACAUCAGGAACUGCUUCGUGCGAUUCCUCACUCACGCCUCCAGCUGUGUGUUGAGGAUGUCGGAGGGAGGCAAUGCACAGUCGCCGGCUGACGGAGGAAGUGGGGACUCGGCUGGUGCGAUGAGCCCGGCGACGCUGUUGAUGUCGCGCAGAUCACGUGACACAACUUAUCUGGUGUUGAAGCAAAUAGUGGAGGACUGUCCCUAUUUAAGCAUGGAUGCCUUGGAGGCAGUCUUCCCCUACACUCUAGUGCGGUGUGCAUUCCACAACUCACACCAGAAGGAACCCCCUCCGAGACCAGUCAGACAGUCAUAAGUGUCUAGACAAGUAGAACAAUAAAUGCAAAAAUUAACUAGAAAAACUUUCAUCAGCGAAGGAAUGAAAUUGUUCUAUAUUCACUCUCCAAAACCACUGGACCUUUCAGACAGACUUAGACAUGAAAAAACUAACUUAGUCUUCAAGUAUUUGAUCUAGCGUAAAUAUUUAAGAACCUGAAUUAAGACAAUUUGGUGAUAAUAACGGAUUGGCGUUUGCUUACGUUAUAUUUUUUUACGGAGCUUUGACUUGGAAUACGAAUUUAAAGGGCUGCUGCCUCUGUAAAAUAAAAAUUCGUUCCUAUGCUUGUUUAAUUUUGUUCAAGUACAUUUAUCAAUGCUCAAACUAUUGAAAGUUCAUCUGUGCUCAGCAGCGUUAUACCCUAAUAGCUUGUGAUGUAUCAAGUACAUGAUGUGUGCGACUUGUAAUCUGAAGACAGAUCAUCGGAUUAUUCUGCCAGAAAUAUCGGUUUUUCGCAUGACCCACAUAUGAAUGCCAAGUCUUCUAUUUUUUGGCUUAACUGUCAUCCUGUUAUAAAUUAUUUUCAUCUCUUGUUUCAGCUUGACUUUGACUCAGUUUAAGUUUGAUUAAAAUAUCACAUAUAUGGAUGUUGAGAUAACUUUUUUCUACUUCAAUUUUGUCAUAAACAAGCAAGAAAACAUCAGCCUUAAUUUCUGUAAAUUAUAUUUUAUACACGCACUAAUAAUUUCCAUUCAAAUAAGUCAUGUUUCAAAUUGUAGAUUAAGUUUUGUCUUGAAAAUUUAAAAAGUGUUGAUCUGGUUUUUCUUUCAUCAGCUCAUCCCGUGGUGCUUUCAAGUAUGAUAUUUAACAGCGAAAAAUGUAUUUCAAGCAAUAAAGGCGACAAACAAAA